UUUUUCUUCUCCUCCUCCAUUUGAGAGAUUCCAACAAAACAAACCCUGUUUUCUUUCUUUUUCUUUUGGUUUGUCCACCUGGAAGCAGAUUCUCAUUCCUCCCCCUCUCUCUGACCUGCUUUUUUGUACAUCACAUCCAACAUGACAUAAGACAACAAUUAGUGGCGGAUGUUUCUGAACAUUGUAUUUAAAAAAGAUUUUCAUGUAAGAUUUUGUUUUAUACUUUACCAACUGUUUCAUCAGCCCACGAGAGAGACAAACAAAUCCUCAACUGAAAUUUAAAUCACAGACCAAAUCAAAACGUUUACUGUGUUUUUUAUCCUUACUGAUUCAGUGCCUUCGAGAAACGCUCCCUUAAAUAAUUAUGGACGAUGAUGAAGAUGAGGAACCAUAAUCAUUCUCUAAACUAUGUGGCUAAUGCUUUUCAAUUAGGGGGUUUUUAAUAUGGUGCUGGGAAAGAACAGGGACAUAAAGCCUCUUCUGUUGAAAUUUGGGGUGGCUUUUGCUCUCUCUUUUGCUGGAUUUCUCUUUUCUCGUCUCAAAAUCAAAAGGACCAAGCCCUCCCUGCCUCCUCCACGCUCGCCGUGCUCUUCGGAUAAAGAAAGUGAAGUUGAUCCAGGAGUAAGACAUCGGCGAAAGGAUGACCUUAAUGUGACAAGGAAAUCACACAGUUCAUGCAAUGCUUCAAUUGCCUCAGAAAAAUAUGAAGAGACAUACAUCCCAAAGGUCUGUGCUGGUAAUUGCACAUCCAGCGUUUCUCCAUGCAGUAAACAUGGUGGAGGUAAAGAUGGAUUACUCUUGCCAGUGUUCAAUGAUCUUGUGAAGGAAUUUGACUUUGCUGCUGCAAAUUCUGGGUUUUCUCCAAGGAUGAAUGUUGAAACGCCUAGGUCAGAUGUAGACACUCCAAAAGCGUUUAGAACUUCAGAAAUGGAAGAACAUGAACAAGAAAUCAGACACCUCAGAAGCACAGUCAGAAUGCUUCGAGAGAGGGAGCGGAAUCUUGAGGUCCAGUUGCUCGAGUAUUAUGGCCUGAAAGAGCAGGAGACUGCUGUUAUGGAGCUCCAAAAUCAGUUAAAGAUAAACACCAUGGAGGCUAAGCUUUUCACUCUCAAGAUUGAGUCUUUAGAGGCAGAGAACCGAAGACUGGAGGCACAAGUGGCUGAUCAUGCAAAAGUGGUGGCUGAGCUUGAGGCUACUAGGGCCAAAAUCAAGAUUCUAAAAAAGAAACUCAGAUUCGAAGCUGAACAGAACAAGGAACAGAUCUUAACUCUUAAGAAAAGAGUUGAGAAGUUUCACGAUAGUGAAGCUGCUGAUAAUUCCGAGAUUCAAUUGAAGCUAAGAAGGCUAAAAGAUUUGGAGGGUGAAGCUGAAGAAUUGAGAAAGUCUAAUUUUCAAUUGCAAAUAGAAAAUUCUGAAUUGGCUCGUACUUUGGAGUCCACACAAAUCCUUGCAAAUUCUAUCUUGGAAGAUCCAGAGGCAGAAGCAUUGAAGGAAGCGAGCGUGCGUUUAAGACAAGAAAAUGAAGAUUUGACUAAGGAAAUUCAGCAACUCCAAGUUGAUCGAUGUUCUGAUGUUGAAGAAUUAGUUUACCUCCGGUGGAUAAAUGCUUGCUUACGGUAUGAGCUGCGGAAUUUUCAGCCCCCAACUGGUAAAACAGCGGCAAGGGACUUAAGUAAAUCACUAAGCCCAAGAUCGGAGGAGAAAGCCAAACAGCUAAUAGUUGAAUAUGCAAACACUGAAGGGAUGGGGGAGAAGGGGAUGAUGGUCGACUUUGAUUCUGAUCAAUGGUCAUCCUCCCAUGCUUCCUUUUUUACAGACUCUCCGGAGUUUGAUGAUUUUUCUGUUGAUAAUUCAUCAGCAACAAAAACCAACACCACCAGUAAGAGCAAAUUGUUCAACAAGCUAAGGAGACUCCUACUUGGUAAAGACGUUCAUUACCAAAACCGGGUUUUGUCAACAGAUAGAACUGGAUAUGCAGAAGAUAACGAGUCUCCAUAUUGCAGCUCAAGUAAAUCAACAGCAGCUUAUGCUGGGCCUGAGGGUCAGAGUAACGUAUUUGCAACUUCACGUAGUUCAUCUAGAGCUUCUUUAGAUCUUCCCAGAUGGAGGAGUCCAAAGCAGCAGGAUAUCAAGGAUGUACAAAGUGUUCAAAGAAAUAGCGACGUCGGAUCCUCCUCAUGGUAUAAGACCUUCAGCAGGGAAGGUUCUGCAGAUUUGCCCCUCAAAUCUGAUCAAGACUCAGAUUCUACCGAGAAAGCUGAGUUGGUGAAAUAUGCUGAAGCUUUGAUGAGCUCUCGCGGUGCAACGCCCAAGGUACACAGAAAAUCAGCAUCAGCAUCUUAGUUCUUCAUCAUCAUCGGGUUUAUAUACACACAUGUGAAUCAUAUAGUUAAGAAGUUAGCAAAUCAAUACCAGUUUACCAUAUUUUGUCAUUUGAAGCUAGUUAGGAACUAAUUGAGCAAAAUACAAAAGCAGUUUAAUUGACGAGGAGUGCUUUGAGUUCUCUUUUGAAUGAACAUUCCAUUAUAUACAUUGGAGUUUCCUUUACUACCAUGGAUUUGUAUACAACAAACUUACAUGAUUUGCAGAAAUCUUUCCAA